GCCGCUCUAACAGACGGGGACCUUCCUCUCCUUGCUUCAGGACUUCAAGGCGUGACCGCACUCUAGCAACUGACUCGUUCGUUUGCUGGGUCGAGGUCUGUCGAAGCCAAAGUCGAAGUCAGUAUCGAAGACAACUUGGAAGUCAUCGUCCAAGUCAACGUCUAGGUACAAGACAAAGGAAGAGGAUCCCCUGUCCCACGUAGGCCUUUUGCUGAGAGGAAGAUAGUCUCUGGUUUCUUCCUUGAGUGGAAAAGGUUUCCGGAAUUCAACGAUUAGUAAAUCUUAACCAGCAAUGGAGGACGCCCAACUGUACGUCUCGGCCAACGCCCUUCAACGACGAGAUGCCCUUGUGGUGUUGACGGAAUUCCUGCCGCAGAUGGCGUGGCAGGAGGAAGGCGAGAACAUCCUGGACAUUGGUUGUGGUUCGGGUGACGUCACAAGGAACCUGCUGAUGCCCCUGCUGCCCCGCGUCGAGCAGGUAACCGGCGUGGACAUCUCGCAGGAAAUGGUAAACUUCGCAUCCAAGACCUUCCAGCAUAACACCCUCGCCUUCCGUCAGCUCGACAUCGAAAAGACCGUCCAACCGCGCCAGACCUUCCCCGACGGCUUCUCCAAGGUAUUCUCCUUUUACUGCCUGCACUGGGUCAAGGACCAGCCCCGAUGCCUCAACAACAUCUACCAGCUUCUGCAGCCCGGAGGCGAGGCCCUGCUGGUGUUCUUGGCCCACAACCCGCUCUUCUCCAUGUACCAGAACAUGAGCGAGAAGAUCGAGUGGAAUAAAUACAUGCAGGUAUUCAACACCAUAACGCUUCACACCAUCUUCACCACACUUACCACAACCACCACCGCCACUAACCCCUUCUCUUCUUCACCCAUUCCCUCAGACGCCAUCAAGGCUGUGAACCCUUUCCUGAAGCGGAUCCCGACGGAGAGCCAGGACGCCUUCCUCAUGGACUGCCUCAACGAACUCGCCAAGCUCAAGACGCAGCAGGAAGACGGCAAGACGGUGGCCAGAUACAACCUUAUGAUCGCUCACCUUCUUCGUCCGGAGUGAGAGGCCGGACUGAGGAGAGACGGGAGGGGAAUGUGUGUGUUUGUGAGAGAGUGAGAGGGGAAAGAGAGUGAGAGGGGAAAGAGAGUGAGAGGGGAAAGAGAGUAUUAAAG